AUGUCUACAGGCCACCAGAACAGCAGCUCUGCACGUAAAUCAUCUGAGGAAGACUUGCAAGAAUUCCAGCUCCAAGUUUUGAGAAACCUGAAUGUCCUCAGGCUGGCUCUGCAGCAACAGAGCGACUUGUUGUCUCAGCUUACUCCUGCAAGCAACGGAGUCGUUGAAGCCGCACAGGUUAUCACAAAGCCAUUUAACGAUGCAGAAGACCUGGAUCGGUUUGAGAGUAGGCUGACACCCUCGAUUGAGAAACAACUGGUACAGGAGCUCGCCAUCCUUGGUGGAGCCACCCCGAAGGCUGCAGUUAGACGAAUCUUAGCGUACAUCAUGACUGACGAACUAGGACAACAGUACAGCUGGGAGGGUCGCAAAGGAAAGAAGAUAUUUAAAGACCUUCGUCUUCCUAGUAUUAUACUACGUGCUGUUCAUGCCCAGAAACAGCACAGAUGCACAAGCUACGAGGUGGAG